AUGUCAGACUCGCUGGAUGCUGAGGGCUUGGUGGAUGGGCAAUGCGAGAGGUGCUCUGCCAGUGAUCCAAGUGCAACGCUGGCAGUCCACACACGGCAGGAGCUAGUGGAAGCUGAAACUGUGCUGCGCCGGAGGCACAUCCGGGAGCACCAGGCCCAGGGGGUGACCUUCCGGGACCCCGACAACACCUUUAUCUCGGCAGGGGUGGACAUCGGGCGCGACAGUGUGAUCGGCGUCGGGGUGCAGCUGUACGGCAACACCUCCAUUGGAAGGUGUGUAAGGAUAGAUGGGCCCACAGUGAUCAUCAACAGCACUGUGGGCAGCGGCUGCAAGAUUGGCGCAUUCUCGCAUCUGGAGCAGGCGACCAUGGCAGAGAACAGCGGGGUCGGCCCCUUUGCCAGGCUCCGAGUGGGCGCUGUUGUGGAGUCCUCCGCCUAUGUGGGCAACUUCUGCGAGGUGAAGGCAGCGCACGUGGGCGCUGGCACGAACGUCUGCCAUCUCUCCUACCUGGGCGAUGCGGAAGUGGGCGAGAAUGUGAAUAUUGGUGCCGGCACCAUCACAUGCAACUACAAUGGCAUUGCCAAGAACAGGACGACCAUAGGAUCCAAUGCCUUCAUAGGAUCAAGCUCUACAUUGGUGGCUCCAGUGGAGGUUGGUGAGGGGGCACUGGUGGCCGCUGGCUCAGUCAUCACCUCUAAUGUGCCAGCAAAUGCUCUGGCGCUGGGACGCGCCCGGCAGGCCACAAAGGACAACAGAGCUGAUGCCACAAGAGAGAAGCUGCGCGAGUUGCACAUACAGAAGCAGGCCGAACAAUGA